UUUUGAGCGCGCAAAUCCUGUCCAGCAGAAUAAAAGUUUCCGAGAGUGACACAUGCGCUACUGAAGUUAAUAUCAACGCACCUUGUCGCCCGAGUCACUCGGCAUCUCCUGCUUAAUACCAGGCUUGGACCUACCUGAGCAGAUGAGCAGGGAAGCUGUCAUCACGCGCUUGAUGUUUAUAAAACUUGUGCUGCUCAUCCGCAUGUUCAACAAUGCCAUAGCCAACAACGCCAUCAUUCUUCUUUAAUCGAUAUAUUCAGCUAGCUAGCCAGGCAUCGACGCAGAAAAGCAGAAUGGAGCUCAAAGUAGUCGAUUAUCAGCAAGUCCUGCAGGAUCUGGACAAGGGUGUCCCGGUCAAUUUUAAUACCAACUUCCAUACCGCUGCGGAUGCACCAGAUCUUCCGAUCCCGUCUAAUAAACCGUACAGCUAUGAAAUCUGGCUGCCGUUGGUAUUGAAGUCUCGGGGAAUAUCGAUUUCCGACCUUCAAGUUGUCUCGCUCUCUCGUGCGCGAAUGAAGAUCCUGGUCGAGGCUGCUGCCGCAUCCAUUCAUACGCGUGUGCUCAAUCGAUCCUACGCCGAGGACCUCGAAGAUGAUGUCUACCCUGCCUUUCAGGGCCUUAAGUUUCCGCCUGAGGGGCUCUGGAUGCGCUUUGGAGCCUGCUCUCCCAAGGAUGGUGCCCAGUUAAACCCAGGGCAGCGGUCGAUUCAUUCCGUUGAGGACAUUAUACUUCGCAUCACCACGUCGCUGAGAACUUGGAGCGCUCUUACGAAUAUUCUUAACAGUGAUGAUGAAGUGGGCCUCGUCUAUUUUCUCCCAUUUAAUGACGGAAUGAAGUCUGCAAGAGAAUAUCGCGUCUUUUGCGUUCCCAACUCGCUGGAUAUUUCCGCCGUCAGCCAAUACGAAUGGCAUAAGCCAUGGAUCUUUGCGAACGAAGACAAAGAUGUGAUGACAAGGGCGGCUCAAAGGAUUUUUAGGGGUAUCCAAAAGGUCCAUGCGGAAAUUAUUGCAUUCAUGAAAGCUCAUGAUGAUAAGUCGCUGGAGAAAUUUAUUCGGAGUCAGGGUUUUACUUUCGAUGUUCUCUAUGACGAGGUUCCGGGACAGUGUAUGCUGAUUGAGCUCAACACUUUUGGUGUGAGGAGCGCAUGCGGCUCUUGUCUCUUUCAGUGGUUGAAGGAUCGUACUCAGUUAUACGGAGAGACAGGUGAGGUGGAGUUUCGCGUGGCAGUGUGAGAUUGACAUCUGAUGGACGUUGGGAUCUGAUGGAUGUUGGGAGGGGAAUAUACAUCUCACAUCACGACACCACCGGCCGUGGUGAGGUUAUCUUGGCUCGACUAGCCAGUUUACUUUCGUCGACAGCAGGGCUACCCGACUUUGAUAUGGCGAGGCUCAUUGCAACACGACAUGGAUUUCGCGUGUUAACUUAUGUAUGAUACCCUGGGCUUCAACAUUGAAUCCUUGACUGCUUUUAGUUCAAUAAAAUAUCGAUACUCGGAUUAGAUACUUUUCUAAUCUAUAUAAACAAGC